AUGGGUUUUCUUAAGAUUUUGAAAAAGCCAAUGGGCUCGAAUGAUGUAAAUAUUAAAGCUACAAAAACUACUGAGUCAACUGCUUUUUAUGGUAACGAUGUUAUUGCUUUUGAUACGUUAAAGAGCGUUCAACCUUUUGUUAAACUUUUCAGAAAUUUACAAAAUGUAAUUUAUUUUGAUGACAUCUGCACGCUGGACGGAAGUGAAUGUCAUCUCAUAAUAAAAGGUAACUCUGUUGUGAUUAAUGGUGAAGUUGUUAUCAAUUCACUAGUGGACUUGAACGUCUUCUUGAAUUUAGAUUCAAAUUCAGUUACUUUCGAAGAUAUGGCCGUGACAUACACUAAUUGUCAGAAAUUGUACAAUACUGUCUUAGUUUCAAAUUUCGAAUCAAUUUCUGCUCAAAAAUACUUAACUGGUAUAUUAAUCUCAAAAUUUGGACUCCAAUUGAAUGAUAUUCAUAUAUUAUUGAAUUCUAAAAAUAAAUUUAAUUAUAAAGAUUGGUGCUAUAUCAAGUUAAACGGUUCUAAUGAAUAUAUAAAAUGCUGGUGUCAUAUAGAUAGAGAUAGUAACGAUGAAAGAAACGGCAUAAAAAUUAAAUUUUACCAAGAAGACAAGAAAUCUCUAAAGAAAAAUAAUUUAAUUGGUUUUGUUGAUAAUUUGAACGUCACAGACUUAUUUUUAAAUGUAUCUGAAAGUAAUUUGGAAGAUGACAAUGCAACUAAGUACAUAGAAAGUAUUGAUUCGGUGAAGAUAUUAGGUACAUUUAAAAUUGUGAAUUCAGGGUCUGAAAGCAUUUCGAGGAGUUCAACUUCUUCAUCUUUAAAUUCAGAUAAUGUUGGUAAUGAAAAUCCAGCUGAAAAACUGCAUAAGAGAAACAUAUCGAUGGUAAGCGCGAUUACACAAACUUCAAAGAAUUCUUUUGCUUCAAAGAAUUCUCUUUCAAAUUUAUCAAUUUCUUCAUCAAUUCAAACCGAAAAGAUUAACAAGAAAAAGAUUGACUUAAAUUUAAUAAACUAUAAAGAUGGUUUAAUAAUUAAACCAAUACCGCACGAUGGUAUCUCUCAUAUGGAUUCUCUGUUGAGAAUGUUAAUACCUAUGAUUGACUGUUUGAAAAAAUAUGGUAGACCAGAUAAGUUUAAAAUAGAUAAAAGUGAUAGGGAGUCGAUAAUGUUCGCAUUACCUAGUCCAAAUUCAACAAGAAUAGUUGAUGCUGUACUACAAGAAAAAUUUUUUAAUGACUUCACAUUAAUAGAUGACAACCAGAAUAAUUCCACCGCUCAAAUUUCUAUGAAUUCAGUCUCAGAUUUAUUAGUAGAUAAUAUAUAA